AGGAGGUGUCUGCAAGGAUAGUUCAAGUAGUCACGGCUGAGGCUGUAGCAGUCCUGAAAGGUGAACAAGAGAAAGAAGCUCAGCAUAAAGAUCGGCCUGCAGCUCUGCCUUUAGCAGCUGAAGAGACAGCUAAUCUGCCUCCUUCUCCACCCCCAUCGCCAGCCUCAGAACAGACUGUCACAGUGGAGGAAGAUUUACUUGCAGCCUCGAAGAUGGAGUUCCAGGAUCAGCAGCAAUUGACUCCCUCUGCAGCUGAACAUUUGGACAAGAAGGAAAAGGAGUCAGAGAGGCAAAGUAAGCCUGGUGAAGACCUUAAAAAUGCUGCCUUAUUUUCUCAGCCAGAGAUGACUAAAACUUACCCUGAUAAAAAGGACAUGCAAGGUACAGAAGAAGAAAAAGCACCUCCUGCUCUGUUUGGGCACACUCUUGGAGCCAGCCUAGAAGACAUGAAACAGAAGACAGAACCAAGCCUAGUAGUACCUGGCAUUGACCUCCCUACAGAGCCUUCAGCUCCAAAAGAACAAAAGGACUGGUUCAUUGAAAUGCCAAUGGAAGCAAAAAAGGAUGAAUGGGGUUUAGUUGCUCCAAUAUCUCCUGGCCCCCUGACACCCAUGAGGGAAAUAGAUGUUCUUGAGGAUAUCCCAAAAUGGGAAGGGAAACAAUUUGAUUCUCCCAUGCCAAGUCCCUUUCAAGGUGGAACCUUCACUCUUCCCUUAGAUGUCAUGAAGAAUGAAAUAGUUACAGAAGCAUCGCCCUUUGCCCCUGCACUCUUACAGCCAGAUGACAGAAAAUUUCUUCAGGAAACCAGUGGCCCAGCUACUGCCAAAGACUUUUCUAAAGUUGAAGAGCUCCAUAAGGAUAAACCUGACAAAAUGGCAGAAGCACCAGUUUUAGAGGCAAUUACCUUACCCAAAGAUGCUCAUGUUCCAGUUGCGGAAGAAUGUGUCAUGGAGAAGGUUUUAGGUGAUGAAAAAGGGACCAUAAAUCAAGAGAGUGUGCAGAAAAAAGAGACUUCCUCCUCCAGUGAACAGGAACCUACAAUUGCUGAAAAGGAACCUCAGCUAAUGUCUGAAGAAAAAACAACUGUUUCUGACAAAGAAGCUCUGCCAAAAGAGAAGAGUAAACUCCCCAAAGUGACAGAUGAAGAAACAAGCAUAAUUCAGACAUCCACAGAGCACACCUUUUCAGAAGAACAGAAAGGCCAAGAGCCUACCACAGAUAUAUUAAAACAAGACUCAUUCCCUGUAAGUUUGGAGCAAGCAAUUACAGAUUCAGACGUGACCUCUGAGACACUGGAGAAAGUCAUGACCAAACCAGCUGCACUAAGUGAAAAGAUUGCAGCCCAGGAGCUUUUUGAAGAGAAACUUGCUGACAAAGAUAAUGAGGUUGAAGGAAUGGGAGCUGCACCAUUCCCCGAGCCUGAUGUGCUGUUUUAUGAAGAUAAGUCAGGCAUGUCCAAAUACUUUGAGACAUCUGCCUUGAAAGAAGAAGUAACAAAAAGCAUUCAGCCAGGCAGUGAUUACUAUGAACUGAGUGACACAAGAGAAAGUGCCCAUGAGUGUACUGAUACUAUGUCUCUCAUGCAUAAAAAUGGUGACAAGGGAUUUCAAGCAGGAAAAGAAAUCCAGCCCAGUGCUCCGGCACAAGAAGCAGGGUAUAGCAUGCUUGCACAGAGUCAUCCGUCUGAUCUACCUGAAGAACCCAGUUCUCCUCAAGAAAGAAUGUUCACUAUUGAUCCAAAAGUGUAUGGGGAGAAAAGAGAUCUGCACAGUAAGAAUAAAGAUGAUUUAACACUUAGCAGGAGUUUAGGACUGGGUGGUAGGUCUGCCAUAGAACAAAGAAGCAUGUCAAUCAACUUGCCCAUGUCUUGCCUGGAUUCCAUCGCCCUAGGAUUUAACUUUGGUCGGGGGCAUGAUCUUUCUCCUCUGGCUUCUGAUAUUCUAACCAACACUAGUGGAAGCAUGGAUGAAGGGGAUGACUACCUUCCAGCCACCACACCUGCCCUUGAGAAAGCCCCUUGCUUCCCAGUAGAAAGCAAAGAGGAAGAACAGAUAGAGAAAGAAAAAGCUUCUGGAGAGGAAAAUACUCAAGUCGAGACAUCAUGUGAGUCACCUUUCUUAGCCAAAGAUUAUUACAAAAAUGGUACCGUCAUGGCUCCUGACCUGCCUGAGAUGCUGGAUCUAGCAGGCACACGGUCAAGAUUAGCUUCUGUGAGUGCAGAUGCUGAAGUUGCCAGGAGGAAAUCAGUCCCAUCAGAGACUGUUGUUGAGGAGAGUAGUCCUGGCUUGCCCCCCGUAACUGAUGAAAACCAUGUCAUUGUAAAAACAGAUAGUCAGCUUGAAGACCUGGGCUAUUGUGUGUUCAAUAAAUACACGGUCCCACUCCCAUCACCUGUUCAAGACAGUGAGAACUUAUCAGGGGAGAGUGGUUCCUUUUAUGAAGGCACUGAGGAUAAAAUUCGAAGGGAUUUGGCCACAGACCUUUCACUGAUUGAAGUAAAACUGGCAGCUGCUGGAAAAAUCAAAGAUGAGUUCAGUGCUGAGAAGGAAACAUCCCUGCAUAUCUCCGGUGACAAGUCUGGACUGGGUAGGGAGUUUGACCAGGAAAGGAAAUCUAAUGAUAAGCUAGAUACUGUUCUAGAAAAGACUGAAGAGCAUGCUGAUUCAAAAGAACAUGCCAAGGAAACAGAAGAGUCUGGUGAUAAAGUUGAAACAUUUGCAUUAGGAGUAACCUAUAAACAAGCUUCAGACAAAGAACUGACAGUAUCAAAAGAUGCAUCAUCUGAGAGAGCAGACAAAGGUCUUAGUUCAGUGCCAGAGGUAGCUGAGUUAGAGCCAUCCAAAAAAGCUGAACAAGGACUGGAUUUUGCUGCAAAGAAAGCUGACCAGGGUCAAUUAGAUAUUAAAAUCAGUGACUUUGGACAGAUGGCUGCAGGGCUAAACAUAGGUGUAGAAAAGGCAACAGAGCUUAAACUCGAGACCACACAGGAACUGACCCCCUCAGCCAAAGCAUCUCAAGAGGCAGAUGCAUUUAUGGGUGUUGAGACUGGCCACAUGAAAGAAGGCACCAAAGUUAAUGAGACAGAAGUCAAAGAGAAGGUGGCCAAGCCCGACUUGGUGCACCAGGAGGCUGUAGACAAGGAGGAGUCCUAUGAGUCUAGCGGUGAGCACGAAAGCCUCACCAUGGAGUCCUUGAAGCCUGAUGAGGGCAAGAAGGAAACAUCUCCAGAAUCAUCUCUAAUUCAAGAUGAGAUUGCCAUCAAACUGUCAGUGGAAAUACCUUGCCCACCUGCUGUUUCAGAGGCUGAGUUAGCCACCGAUGAGACAGCUGAUGUCCAGAUGGAAUUUAUUCAGCCGCCAAAAGAAGAAAGCAAAGAGACCCCAGAUAUAUCUAUCACACCCUCUGACGUUACAGAGCCAUUGCUUGAAGCAGUCAUGUCUGAACCAGUGGAGGCUCAGGGUGAAGAAGAAGAGAUAGAAGCCCAGGGAGAAUAUGAUAAACUGCUCUUCCGCUCAGACACCCUUCAGAUCACCGACCUGGGUGUUCCAGGUGUCAGGGAGGAAUUUGUGGAGACCUGUCCAGGUGAACACAAAGGAGUGAUCGAAUCCGUUGUGACCAUUGAAGAUGAUUUCAUCACUGUCGUGCAAACCACAACUGAUGAAGGAGAGUCAGGGUCCCACAGUGUGCGUUUUGCAGCCCUGGAGCAGCCUGAGGUGGAAAGGAGACCAUCCCCUCAUGACGAAGAAGAGCUUGAAGUGGAAGUGGCAGCUGAAGCCCAGGCAGAACCCAAGGAAGGCUCCCCAGAAGCUCCAGCUUCCCCUGAGAGAGAAGAGGUCGUACUCUCAGAGUACAAGACAGAAACCUAUGAUGAGUACAAAGACGAGACCACCAUCGAUGACUCCAUCAUGGAUGCUGACAGCCUCUGGGUGGACACUCAAGAUGAUGAUAGGAGCAUCAUGACAGAACAGUUAGAAACUAUUCCUAAAGAGGAGAAAGCUGAAAAGGAAGCUCGGAGAUCAUCUCUUGAGAAACAUAGAAAAGAAAAGCCUUUUAAAACCGGGAGAGGCAGAAUUUCCACUCCUGAAAGAAAAAUAGCUAAAAAGGAACCUAGCACAGUCUCCAGAGAUGAAGUGAGAAGGAAAAAAGCAGUUUAUAAGAAGGCUGAACUUGCUAAAAAAACAGAAGUUCAGGCCCACUCUCCCUCCAGGAAAUUCAUUUUAAAACCUGCUAUCAAAUAUACUAGACCAACUCAUCUCUCCUGUGUUAAGCGGAAAACGACAGCAGCAAGUGGUGAAUCAACUCAGGCUCCCAGUGUAUUUAAACAGGCAAAGGACAAAAUCUCUGAGGGACUAACCAAGAGCCCAGAAAAGCGCUCUGCUCUCCCAAGACCUUCCUCCAUUCUCCCUCCUCGCCGGGGUGUAUCAGGAGACAGAGACGAGAGUUCCUUCUCCCUCAACAGUUCCAUCUCCUCUUCAGCACGACGGACUACCAGGUCAGAGCCAAUUCGCAGAGCAGGAAAAAGUGGCACCUCAACCCCCACGACCCCCGGAUCAACUGCCAUCACUCCUGGCACCCCACCAAGCUAUUCUUCACGCACACCUGGCACCCCUGGAACCCCUAGCUAUCCCAGGACCCCUCACACACCAGGAACCCCCAAAUCUGCCAUCUUGGUGCCCAGUGAGAAGAAAGUCGCCAUCAUACGUACUCCUCCAAAAUCUCCCGCUACUCCCAAGCAGCUUAGGCUUAUUAACCAACCACUGCCAGACCUGAAGAAUGUCAAGUCCAAAAUCGGAUCGACAGACAACAUCAAAUACCAGCCUAAAGGGGGGCAGGUUAGGAUUUUAAACAAGAAGAUCGAUUUUAGCAAAGUUCAGUCCCGAUGUGGUUCCAAGGAUAACAUCCGCCACAGGCCAGGUGGUGGACGUGUGAAAAUUGAGAGUGUAAAACUGGAUUUCAAAGAAAAGGCCCAAGCUAAAGUCGGUUCACUCGACAAUGCUCACCAUGUACCUGGAGGUGGUAAUGUCAAGAUUGACAGCCAAAAGUUGAACUUCAGAGAGCAUGCUAAGGCUCGUGUGGACCAUGGGGCUGAGAUCAUUACACAGUCCCCAGGCAGAUCCAGUGUGGCAUCACCCCGGCGACUCAGCAACGUCUCCUCUUCUGGAAGCAUCAACCUGCUCGAAUCUCCUCAGCUUGCCACUUUAGCUGAGGAUGUCACUGCUGCACUCGCUAAGCAGGGCUUGUGAAUAGUUCUCAUGUAGCAUUGAAGUAAUAAUAUUUAGGCAUGAGCUCUUGGCAGGAGUGGCUCUGAGCAGGUGUUAUCUUCAUUCUUUACAAACCAUGAAAUAAAUAAUCUCAUCCCAAACUGUAGUAAUUGUUACAAUUUUAUAUAAAAAAAUGAAUAGUAUAUGCAGAAAUUGACCUGAUUUCCAUUUGCAACAGGAAGAUACUGGCUUUACAAUUGGACAGUUAUUUUUGCUCUGCUCUGUUUUGCAUGGAGUAUUAUUAUUUUAAAAAUUGCAUUUUUACCUUUCAUGUGCCUGAAGGCUAUCCACCACAUUCUGAAAGGCCUUGUUAAAAUCCAAGCUGCUCAUUUUACUAUUCUGUUUCUGAGUGAAAAGAUAAAAACUGCCCAUAGUAACUUAUUACAGGUUAAAUUAAAGCAAGGAGUCUGAUUGCAGGAAAGAAAGAGCAUGUAAGAAGUAUGUUUUUUUAAAGUGUUAUUUUGUAUAAAUGGGAAGAAAGAUUCAAUUAACUUAUUAACAUUUGGGACCUGGAUAAUUAUAUCAGAGUAUGUCAAUCCAAUAAAUUAUUUAACUAAUUAAAAAAUGGUACAAAACAUUGGAGCUGUGGUUGAGGAAGUGGUGUAAGGUGCAUCUCUUAGAAAUGAUGCACUUUCAUUAGGAUGGACUCAUGUCUGAUUAGAAUGUCAGCCGAUUGGCUAGAUCUGUGUCCACACUACCAGUUUCACACCCCCUUCCAUCUGUUUGAUACAGUAUUAUAGAUAUAAAUAUAUAUAUAUUUCUCUGUGGCCAUUUGUGAUACUUCCUCAUAUACUUGAAUAUUAUACUUCUUUAUUCACAGUAUCUGUGUCUCCUGCACCCUUUGGUGUUGCGAUUUUAGGUAUGUGAAAGUAGAUGUUAGCAGGGUUCUCUCCCUAUUUAAAAAAAAAAUACAUUAAAAAGACAAAAAAUUUAGCAUGAAGUUGCUUUCUGUAACAACUCAAAGCUGUAACCCUGUUUUAGUGCCAGAUACUAGUCUCUCCCGUGAUGCUAGAAAAAAUUAUUUUUCUUUGCUUUCACCAACAUAGAGUUUGUGGGGGUAGGUCCAGUUAUACAUAAAAGGGUUUACAGAUUGUUGGUUUAAGAUUAUGGGUUGAUCUCAUUUUUAAUCAUGGAAUAGUUGGGGUUUUAUUUCUAUAUUUAUUCAUGAAACCAACUUCUUAAGAUUUUUCUUUUUUCUUUUUUUUUUUCCAUUUGCUAAAGUUGAAACUAACAGUGGUAGAUUGGGGCAUUUUUUCCCAUUUUUCUAAAUAGUAUCUGUUUAUUGAAUUCUCUGAUAUAAGAUGUCUGGCUUCCACCACCCAAAGUAAAAAUCACUUCAUCAGAAAGGAAAAAUACAAUAUUUUGAAGAGCUAUAGCUAUAAAACAUUUGAGACACAGACAUCUAAAUUUUUUUCCAGGACUCCAACAUCGCCCUCUACAAAGGAACACAGUGUAACUUAGUAUUAUUUAUCAGUACUUUAUAUAUACUGACUUUAUAUAUAGUCUACAAAUCACAAAUCAGUUAGUUAAUUCCUUUCACAAAACAUUCAUCUUAGACUUUCAGAUAAACAAUGUAAUAGUCAAUGGCCUGAACAGGGCAAAGAGCUGCCAGGCUGGAUGGACACUUCUUAGUAUUUUAUCUGUUCUUUUUCUUGCUCAGGGCUGGUGGGCUGGAUCUGAACAGUUAAAGACAAAUGGCCCACUAGGUUUUUGAUGUCUUUGAACCAAAUCGAUUCCUGAAUAUGAAGAAGGAUAUGAUGAGCAUGGGUUGAGGCAACGUGGAAGUAUAGGAGCAUCUAAGACAAAAGCCAAGGGAUGCAAAGACAGAGAGACACAGGUGCCAUUUUGCAACCCAUCGGAUGUCACAACCAAUGUGACUGCCAUAAGAGAAACCCUAGGAGCAAUCCCACACCAUUCAUUCUCAGUUAAGAGAUUUUACACAGGUAAACAUGAGUUAACCCAUUUCUAAAUCAGUUAUUUUAUAGGACAGUCAAAAACCUAGAAACUACUGAGUAGGACUGUGGAUGUGUCUAUUUUCUGCCUAGUAAGUGCUAUGAGGUUUGAUUUGACCCAUCUGGGCAAUUUCCUCAUUAGUUUCCCUUGAAAUGCACCAGAAAAUAGGAUGAGAAGGAAGAGUGUGUAGAGACUGAUGGUAUAUUCUUACAUGUGUUCAAUAGUGAUUAAAGUUCUCUAGAAGUAAGUUAACAACUGGUUAGAACAGAUUUAACCUUUGAAACAAUUUUUUUUCAACCUGGUUUAUGUUUUUUAUAAAAGUUAAGACUAAAUAAAUAUGCUCUAUGUAUUAAAAUCCAGUUUAUUACAACUACAUGUCCAAAGUAAAGGUUAUAUAAGGCACUAAGUUAUUAGAUUUGGUACUAAAAUAAAUGUUUAUUUCUAGUCAUAACCAAAUUAUAGUGAAUAACUGUCCUUACUUUGUAUGGAAAUGCAAUUCUUCAUAAAGUUAACAAAAUCAAAUGGAUAAUUUGUGCCAGUAAAAGAGUGAAACGCACAGGCUAAAUGUCUUCUUGUGGGGAUAAGGGAUGGAACCCAUCUUGCCUUCACUCUCAAGAUAACGACUCAAAUUAAGCUUUUUGAACACCACUCUUGUGGGGAGACACACACGCUGAUCUAGAAAUGAAAGCUUCAUAGUUUCAGUUCUAGAUCCACUAUUGCCAGUUUCUCUCUGGCUUUAGCCUUUGAGAACCUGUUUAACGAUACUUAAGUAAUCCAGAGCUGCGAAGAGUUAAAAGGCCAACUUCUCCAAUAAACUCACUCUCUGGGUCACCUGCAACCAAAAAUUGGAUACUUUACAAUGAUGUAGGAAAGACCCAUGUUAAUGAUGAGUUUCAAAGGCCAUGCUCAUUUAGGAACCAACUCUCUCUGGAUUCACCUGCUGAGUUCCAGCAGGGUGAUGGGCUGAAGUCCCACCCAGAAGCAAGACACCUGUGUAACACCAGCUAGGUGUGGUUAAAGGAGGCUGAAGAGAGAAUGCCAUUAAAUGGAAGAAUGUAGUGACUGUAGCUGGCAUUCUCCACAUACAUGCAUAUGGUAAUAGAGCAGGAGAGAGAUCAUCAGCCAAAAUAUAACAUCUGAAUGUGGCUGAUUCUGACAUAGCUGUGAUUAUAGUUUUUCUCCUAUUUUUCAUGCCACAAAAGUAAAAAUAAAGUAUUCAUGGUCUAAGUAGCAAAGAUAAAGUAGAUUCAUGGCUUAGGAAGGCAAGUUCUAGGCAUUCCUUCAAAGAUUGAUGUGCUAAAAUCAGCACUGAUUUUUCACCUGGGAUUUCUAGCCUGGGUGUGUAGGUUGAGGCCAAGUCCCUCUGCAGGAAAAAACUUAUUUUCAAACUCAGAAAAUGUCAAUCAUAAAAAUCCACUUCAACUUUAGCAAAAAGAAAAAAAUCAACAAAAAGUAUACUCUGUAUGCUGGGAUUCCAAGGUUCCAACACACCGCUACAAUUCUGUGGGGGUUUCUUUCUUCUGAUAAUUCUAGAGCCUGUUACCAUAGAAAGGCAUUUCUUCAAUGGCUGGUUGUAGUUAGUUCAUGUUUUUCAAUCAAAUUUGCAAAUGUAUUUGUUGCUGUAUAGUGAUUGUUUUGCAAAAUAAAAUUGCUUGUCACCUAA